UAUUCUGCUUAGCUUUUCCCUUUAUUUUCUCUACCCAUCUCGGGUACGUUACACCCUUUCUACCGGUAUCAGGAGUCGAUUCUACCCUCCUAUUAUAACGAGGUAAGUUGAUUUCAUGUCAUACCCAUAAAAACUCGCCAACUCGUUACGCAGCCAAGGCCAUCGUACAAGGAUUGUGGCCAAUUAGUGUGCUACGAGAUGAGGUCCUGCAUAGCGGUUUUGGCGAGCUUUUACGGGUAUUUGUCUACUUGUAUCUAUUGAAGACUAACUUACUAAAUUCAUGAGAAGUUAACCGCCGAUCAUGUUCAGACUUGCCACUAAGCGGGCAUUCGGCCCAGUGAGCAUCUGCCGCUGCUACCCUAAUGCCUACUAUGCAUCCAGGGCGACAGGCACUACUCCUGUAAGCUUAUGAUCCCCACGGGGUAAACUCGACCUGCCACUAUUACAUGUAUGGCAGUCACUAUCCCCAGAAAAGCGAAUUCGCCACAGAGUUUGUCUUCAAGAGGAAUAGUGGCUACCUUAAGAAGUACGGCGGCAGGUCAAGUUUACCCAGAAUUUGCGGUGCUGUACCCAGUACACUGUUCUAACCAAGUGACAAUAUUCGGCAGAAGAAGUCAAACAAUCCUAAACAUAAAACUACAUGUUCGGGGGCGCCUACAGGGGGGGACACUACUUCGGUGAGUUUAAGGUUUUAAUGGCCCGCAAACUGUUCUAACAACAUUCAACAGACCGAGAAGAAACGAACCACCAACUCUAAGUACUGGACCGCAUAUUCGAGGGUUAGCAUGCUGGAUGCCGAGAAGAGACUCCGGCUUAUCUUCAGGGAAUUCGAAAGGAGUACCAUAUCCACCAGCCAGAUGUUAGCGCAGGUCAAGUCCGAUAUCAAAGGUCUCCAGGACGACCAACUCCAGCAAGCUAAGGAAGAGGUUUUCAACAAUAUGGUCGGAUUUAUUGAAGUCGAAGGGUAUCCCACGGAAUUAGAUGAAGACUUCAAAGUAGCGAACAUCAACGACCUGGUUCUGCUCACAAUAUUUCCCAUACUGUUGGCGUUCAGACGCGAGACAGGGUAUCAGCUUGAACUCCUAAGGGAAAAAGAAAUUAUUUUUACAGACUCUGAGACUGGUGGCUACGAAGAAUUUGUUGGGAUGGACUUUAUUGGGAUCGGGAACCGGAGGUUGGUCUUUGUUGUCGAAGCGAUGAGGUCCUCUAUUGGACAGGCCAAGAAGCAAUGCCUCUUGGCCCUAAAAGAUAUGGGAGAGAGCAAUGGUGGAGGCCCCGUAUAUGGGUUUGUCACGACCGGGGAACAGUGGCAAAUGAUCCGCUACGAUCGUGGGGUUUUCACUCAGACAAGUCGCUUUCAGGUAUUGUUAGAUGGUAUGGAACACAAGAAAGAGCAAUGGAUGAGGGAGGCCUCGAUCAUCGUGGACUGCAUUCAUGAGGUGUUUAGAAGCGGGGGAUCCUUGGCACCAUCUCCACUCCCGGAGCCCGGCAGUACGGCGAUGGAAACUGACGAGAAGAAAGCAGAAGAGAGACGGGAAGAUGCCAAGCCCCGAUCAGAGCAAGCUAAAGCAAUUGUUGCGACGACGACACUGGAGGAUAUACAUUAGACCACGAUUAUAAAAGUAUGGGGGGGCCUUUUUUUCUCUUCUUUAUCAUGUUUGAGCCGCAUGAUUCGGAGUGGGGGUCUGGUUGGGUUCUUCUCGCGGGGGUUUGUUUGUGGCUGGUGGUUUGGGGGUGGGGGAUUGUAUUCUUGACUGCGGGGCACAGGUCGGCCAGUGUUGCGGCGGGUGGUGCGGUGGGCGAUGCGGCGAGUGGAGCCGCGUUAACAUUGGCAAACAGUGGCUUGUGCUUUCCUGUAUAAUACCGGUAGUCGAACCUACUCCCAUGUCUCUUUCUCAAUCAAUCUCAGUCGUUUCAACACCUC